AUGCCAACAAUUCCGCUCCAUCCACACAUCUCCUCUUCCACCUCUCUGGUCAAUCCCCUCCCCCAGCUUCUGCAGACUCCCUCUGGCCUCGCAAUCCUCGAACUCCAAGGUACAAUCAACGUCCCAUCUCAAGAAUUCGAAACAGGAUCUACAACCCCAACCAGCGAUAGCCAUGACCCUUCAAUCGCCACAUUCGAGACCCCAGUCGGCAAGCUCAUGUUCCCUGACUAUUCGCCGCAAACGACUGCGCCCGAUGACACGAAAUGGAUGAAGAGGGUCUAUCUGUAUGUUGGGAGAUACCAGCGCUUGACAGGGGAGGUAAAGAAGCUAUCGCAGCCUAUUGCUUUGGUCCAACGACGGCAGAAGGAGACCACCUCUGACUCGGAGGACGAGGAGCUAGAGAUCGUCGAGAUUAUCAAGUAUAGGCUGUUCUUCAAGAAUCGCCCCGAGCCUGUCAAUGAUAGCUGA